AUGGAUCGUAGUUGGAUGAAAGCCGAUAAAUUAGGUCCGGUUUAUGAGAACAGAGUUCUUGAAUUCCUUGAAUACAUUGAUAAACAUCUUCCCGACAAUAAUGGUAUCUUUUAUUGUCCUUGUGUUGUUUGCGAAAAUAUCAAAAAGGGUACAAAGAAAGAAAUAUUCCAUCACCUUUGUUGUGACGGUAUAUGUCAAAAUUAUAUAAUAUGGAUGUCGCAUGGUGAGAUGGAUAAAGAGGAAAGCCGGGCGUCACAAAGUCAAAGAGUGGAUGAAGAUGAAUAUAUGGAAGAUCAACUAGAGGAUAUGUUUCGUGAUAUUGGGGUUUCUUCUUUUAAGAAUGCUCAUAUUUAUGAUACUUUAUGA